GGAAAAGUAGAGCGAAAACUUCUUCCGCCACCUCACUUCUCAUCUACACAUCUCACAAACAAUGUGGAACUAUUACUACCAACAAAUGAUAUUGAAGUUAGUAUUCAUCAUAUUUGGUGUGAGAUAUUUAAACAAAGUCAGAUCUCAACUGAUACAAAUAUCUUUACUAUUGGUGGUCAUUCAUUACUCAUCGUGCAACUAUUUCAUCGAUACAAGACCGAGUUUCAUUUAGAAACAAAUACUCUUUCUAUUACUGAUCUAUUUCAACAUCCAACAAUUUUCGAUCAUGCUCAACUCAUUCAGCAAUCUAUCAAUACCAUUCACACUCUGGAUGAUUAUCCUUGGUCUUCAUUAAAUCUUAGUCAAGCUAGAGCAUCAUUUGCACAAGAGCGAAUCUACUUAGAUGAACAGAUUCGAUUUUCAUCCAACACAACAACCAUAAAUAAUAUGUAUGUUAUUCCAUUACUUUAUCGAAUAUCAUCUAUAAAUGAUCGUAUAUCAAUUACACGAUUACAUCAUGCAUUUCAAAGUGUUAUCACAAAACAUGAUAUUCUUCGAACGGCACUCUAUCUUGAUGCAAAUGAUCGUAUCUUACAACAUUGUUUAGAUGCAAAUGUCAUUCUCGAUAGUGAUGUGAAAUCACAUGGAUUCACAAUUAUUAAUCUUCAUACUGGUGAUCAUCGUCACAUGAAUGAAAUGGUCAAAGAAAUAUUAAAUCAAUCUACUUUAUUUGAUUUAUCAAAAGGACGUGUUAUUAAUUGUCAUAUUCUUCGUCAUUGUGGUUAUUCUCAAGAUAGUAUCCCAUAUGAGAAUGAUGACGAUCUAUUGACUAAAGAUGACCUUAUAUUAUUUACCAUUCAUCAUGCUUGUUUUGAUGGAGCAUCAACAUCAAUCUUCGUUCGUGAUCUUUCUCUUGCUUACCAAUCUGAUGACUCUUUAUUUAUGAAUGAAAAUACAUUGAAUUAUAUAGAUUAUUCUGUUCACGAACAUAUCAUGGAUAUGUCAUUAUCGCGUGCAUUCUGGCAUUCUCAACUUGAAAGAUAUAACAUCGAAUGUUCAUUAUCGUUACCAGUUGAUCGACAACGUUCAUCAACUAAUCAACAACGAUCAGGUGUAGCAUCCAUAGCUCAAAUCACUCUCGAUAAUGAAUUAUGCACAUCAUUUCUAAACUAUGCAUCAUCACAUCAUCUCACACUUUUUCAACUUGGAUUAUCCGUGUUUUAUGUUUUCUUAUUUAAAUUAACUCAUGGUCAAAUUGAUCUAUGUAUUAGUUCUAUUAAUGCUAAUCGAUAUCGAAAUGAAUUACAGAAUCUAAUUGGAAUGUUUGUUUCAACAUUGCCAUAUCGCUUAGAAAUUGAUCCUAGUUGGUCAUUUGAUGAAGUAGUUAAACAUGUACAAGAAAAAUGUUUAUCAAUUCUUGAACAUUCUCAUUAUCCACUUCAACAUAUUCUUGCUGAUUUCCAUGUCACUCAGUCGAAUGUAUCAUUUCUUGAGACAAUGUUUGAUUUUGUUACUGCGUCAAAGGAUAUGGGGCAUUUACGUUUAAAUGAUUCAAAUUUAGAACAAGUAUCAGUAGAACAAUCAGUUGAAGUGUCUAAAUUUGACUUCUCAUUAAGAUUUGAAUACAAUUCAGUAUCAGAUAACAAGAAAUUAUCAUGUAGUUUUCUUUGUUCAUAUGAUUUGUUUGAAAAAUCAACUAUUUCAAAAAUAGCUCAAAGAUUUCAAUAUAUGUUUGAGCAACUGUUUCGAACCGAAUCAAGCAACAUUCCUGUAAUGAAUGUGCGUCCAUUGAUUAACAAACUGUCUCUUAUUUUUAUUGAAGAAGCUGAAGAAAUGGAAUUAGCCGUAUUUCAUCGAUUAGACAGUAUUGUGAAUGAAGCACCAGCAUCAUUUGCACAAGCUCGUAUAUGGCUUGACGAAAGAAUUCGAUUCGAUCCAGACAAGCCUCAAAUAGCAAUCUAUAAUAUGCCUUUUCUUUAUCGGUUGCAACCAAAUCAUACUUUAUCUAUUAAACAACUUCGUCAUGCUCUUCAUCUCAUUGUUACCAAACAUCCCUCACUUCAUACAGCACUUCAUUUUGAUAUCCAAAAGAAUCUACUUAUGCAACAAGUUAUUACUGAUGAAGGUAAAACUGGUAAUAAUAUGUUUUCAAUCUUCGAAACCACUUACGAAACACAAGAACAACUCAAUGAUAUCAUACAUAAAGAAAAACAUAAUCCUCAUCUUUUUGACCUUGCUCAAGGUCCUGUCUUUCGAUGUCAUACUAUUUAUUACAAACAAAUAUCUUCAAACCAUCUUUUUUGUGACAAAGAUCUACUUAUUUUCAACUUUCAUCAUGCUUUGUUUGAUUUUCCAUCAAUGAAAGUGUUUCUUCAUGAUCUUAAUCAAGCAUAUACAACAGGUCAAUUAUCAUAUGAUAACAGCACUAAUCUACGCUAUCUUGAUUAUGCUGUCAUUGAACAACAAAUGUCAAUGACUGGUGCAAAUAUGUUUUGGCUUGAUGCUCUUCAUAAUUGUAAACUUGAUCAACCAUUAUCGUUACCAUUUGAUCGAUAUCGUCUCUCGAAUGAACAUCGAACUGGUCGUGGAACUUCUAUUUCGUUUGCUUUUGGUCAAGAUCUCUCACAUGCCGUUCUUGCACAUACAUCAUCAAAUAACAUAUCGUUGGAACAUCUUGCACUUGCUACUUAUUAUAUGUUUUUAUUUAAAUUAACGAACGGAGAAAAAGAUUUAUGCAUUGGAAUAAAUACAGAUGGUCGAUAUAGGAACGAACUUGAAUCUAUUAUUGGAAUGUUUGUGAAUGCUAUACCUCUGCGAUGCCAACUUGAUCCUCAUUUAUCAUUUUGUAAACUUACUGAACACGUUCGAGAUAUUAUGAUAAAUUGCAUUAAAUAUUCUUAUUUUCCACUUCAAUAUAUUCUCAAUCAACAUCCUAAUAUGUCAAGUCCUGUGUUUCUUGAUACAUCAUUUGAAUUUAUAUCAUCUAUGACAAAAGAUGAGAAAAAUGAAAUAAUGAUUGAUGAUAGUCAGUUUUCUUUAAUACCUUGUUCAAUUAAGAUUAGUGAAGAUGAAAUAAAGAGUAAAUUUGAUUUCAUUUUUAGUUUUCAGCACGAUCUGAAUCUAAAUGAAUUCUCAUGUACAAUCAAUGCAUCUCUUGAUUUAUUUAGUGCGGAAACAGUUUGUAUAAUUGGACAAAGAUUACAGACAAUGUUACAUCAACAAUUCACAUCUUUUGAUAGUAAGACAAACAAACCUAUCUAUGAAUUAUCAUUAAUAUUAUCAAAUGAACAAUAUCUAACGCAAUCAUUGAAUAAUACACAAAUAUCAUUUUCAUCACCUCUCACUUGUAUUCAUCAUGAAUUUGCAUAUCAAGUAAUGAAACAUCCACAGAAACUAGCUGUUGAAUUGGAUGAACAAUCUCUAACAUAUGCUGAACUUCUAUUUUAUGUUCAAGUAUUAUCUUUGCAUUUGAUUAAGAAACAUCAUGUUGUUCCAGGUGAAAUUAUUUGUCAAUGUAUUGAGCGAAGUUUGUCAAUGGUCAUUGGUAUUUUGUCAAUAGCUACGGUUGGUAGUGCGUAUUGUCCAUUAUCAGUACGAGAUCCUCUACAACGUCGACAAGCUCUUGUCAAUCAGACUCAGAGCCGUUUAGUUUUGGUUCAUGCAAGUACACCAGCUAUUUUCAGCUUCGACAAUCUAACUCUAAAUAUUGACUGCGUUAUUCAUCUCGCAAAAAGAUUUAGUGAAAUUAAUCUCAAUGAACUUUCCAAUGUUUCUGUAACACCAGAAAAUGUUGUCUUUGUAGUUUUUACAAGUGGUUCAACUGGUAUUCCAAAAGCGGUUUAUAUAAUAACUGUUUUUCGUUAUGUAUUGUCUAGCGCUUUUUUCUUAAAAUAG